UACUUUUGAUAAAUUUAGAAUGGUACCAAUGCUAGGAUAUGAUUCACAUAACUUUCACUAUCCCGUCUACAAGGUGGCCAUGCUCGUUCUGCAAAAUUCACUUUCUCUUUCUUUUUUUUUUUUCAUACCGCAACACAGUAGUUUUCUAUUGAUUUUGUUCACAAUCAAUUGAAUUGAAUGUUUUGUCAGGCCCUUUAGCUUAUAACCUUCCAUUUUACUGAAGUUAGCCUACGUAUUGUAUUAGAAUAUCAAAGGUUUCGUAUGACUAGAAUCUAUACUCAGCCGAAAGAUAAUCACUUUUAAUAUUUAAAGAUCGCACUUAACUAACUCUCGUGAGAUUGGUGAAUUGUGACAAAACAGUAUAGCAGUUUUAAGAAUACAAAAAACCCCAUUUCUCGGGCUGAUGUGCUACACAUAAAAAAAAAAAAAAAAAACUAUAGAAUAUAAUCUAGACUGAGAGCAAUCCUUAGCUGAUGUUGAAAACGAGCAAUUGUUCAGUACUCUAAGUCUAGUGAAUCUGAAAGCUUAAAAGAAAUGUCAAUAUACUUGUUACACAUCUAUUUUAUGAUAUUAGUUGGGAUAGAAUUCAUUAAGGAAUAAUGUCAAACAGUAAGAUAGUGUCGAGGCACACUUCUUCUGCUAAACGAAAUGAAACUACUUUUUCAUAAUGUAAAAAUCUUGAGUCGAGGUUUUUCGAUGCCUUGGAAUAGGCGUAUUGACAAAUAAUAAAUUGACUCAUCACUCCCCGUUUCAAUGACGAAGAAACCCUAGUUAAGAUAUAAGUGAAAAAGUCCAUUCCAGAGUACAAUGCAGUGGAUGAUGACAAAGUAUGACAAUUUAUGUAACGCAGACAUUUCACGUACGCGGUUAUUAGAUAACUUGGUUAAACAGCAAAAUGAUAAGCACCCGGGGGAGUGAAAACGAUGCGUGUACGUUGCGUUCAUUGUGCCGUGAACUCUGAAGGCGACAAGACAGUGGGACCUGAAUCGGAUAUCGUGUAUCUCGGAAUUCUGUGUUACAAAAUGUUUCUCAAAGACGUCGAAUCGGAGUCUUAUUCCCCACCUCCCGAACUUCCAAUAUCUAUUUCCUGGGAAAAUAUUACCGUUCAUGUCCGACGCAAGCCUGAUUUCUUUAUCAAAAGUAUCGCAAAGAAGAUUUUUGGAUAUUCCACUCGCAAUGACAAACCGGUCAAGAUACUUGACUCAGUCACUGGCCAUGCGGAUUCUAGCAGUUUAGUAGCGGUCAUGGGUCCCAGCGGUGCAGGUAAAACGACGCUCUUGGCCGCACUGGCGAGAAAAAUUGAGCUGCAUUCUGGGUGCAUCAGAGUAAAUGGAUGCAGCGUGUCGAGAGACUUGAUGUCCAAGAUAGCAGGCUUCGUACCUCAAUUCUGCGCCUUGCCACCUGCACUAACAGCAAUGGAAUACAUGAUAUUCACGUGCGCUUUGAGGCUGGACAAAGGAAUGUCGGCGAAGGACAGAAACACUUUGGCGGUGAACAUCCUCACGGACCUCGGAAUACUGAAGCAUAGAGACACUCGGAUCUCGAAGUUGUCAGGUGGUGAGGUGAAGAGGCUGUCGCUGGCAGUCGAAAUGGUUACCAAACCGAAAAUACUUUUCCUGGACGAGCCCACAUCUGGUUUGGAUACGUGGACAGCGAUGCGAGUAAUUGAAUCAGCAAAGGCUGCGACCAGAUCAGGGACAAUCGUGUUCUGCUCGGUUCAUCAGCCUGCAAUGGAUCUCUACAAAAUGUUCAGUCACGUUGUAUAUCUGGCUAAUGGAAGAACAGCGUACUAUGGAACAUUGGUAAAUGCAAGGAAAUUCUUCAACAGCGAAGGAUUUCAUUGCCCGGAAUCGUUCAACGAGGCAGAAUUUUACGUCAAAAUUGUGUCAACUAUAAACCUGGUUGAUUCCCUGAACGCUACAGAUUCAUUUCUCCUUUCUGAACGUCUAGCAAAGAUUUGCAGCUCCUUUACUCGUUCAACGUACUACAACCCACCAGAAGUCCCUGCGGGGAAUGGUUCGAUAGAAUUCAAAUCUCAAACGCUUAAACCCAAUCAAUUAGUACAAUUUUACUGGCUCAUGUGGAGAAUAUCAAUACAGAUGCGAAGGACAGUGUUCCACGAGGCCGGCCAUUAUUAUCCUUUUUUAGUAUCAUCGAUACUCAUCAGUUGGUUUUACUUCGGUGUGAAUUCGCACACACAGGUUGGCGUUCAGGAUAUGCGGGGUGCUCUUUACCUUAUUAGUGCUGAGAUCAUCUUUUCGUCAACUUAUUCGAACGCUUGCGUACUGUCUGAACAAUUACCUCUAUACUUGCAGGAAAAUUCGAUGUACACGCCGGCAGUUUAUUACAUCGCAACUGUUAUCAGCUGGAUUCCCAAGAUUGUUUGCCAUUGCAUUCUUUUUUUUUCAAUAAUGCUCGUUUCUCUGGAUAUGGAUAUCAACUUCUUUGUUCUCAUGAAAUUCGUUACCUGCAUCAUAUUGGCUGCUUUAACGAGUUCAGCUUACGGCUCAAUGAUGUCAAGUUGGAUUGAGAACCCCGAUAUUAUGAUGAGCAUUAUGGGACCGAUCGACCUUGUUGGUUAUCUGAUGUCUGGAGUUUACUACAAUAUCAGAGCCAUGCCCGCAUACUUGUCAUGGGUGAAAUACUUGUCGAUUUUUUACUACGCGAACGAAGCCCUGGCGAUCAUCCAUUGGACAACCGUAGAUAGUAUUGAGUGUUACCCGGACAAAGACUUGCCGUGUUAUAGAAAUGGGCGAGAAGUUUUGACCGAAUAUGGAUACGGUGAAGAUAAUUUAAAGAUAGACCUAUGCGGGCUUCUUUUGCUUACCUUCGGCAUGCACUUUGUAGGAUAUCUCGGGGUGAGGAGGCUCAGAAUUGUAAGAGCGAUGUACUGAUUAUAAAAUUUUCCUGCGCAACCGGAAUAAUAUCACGUACGCGUAUCGAUGAAUCCCAAACUUGAUCCCUCGUUUGUUUCGUAUUAUGCAACGUAUUUCACUGUGAAAGUAUUUUACUAAUUUUAUUACUAAACUGUACGCGCAAUACAUAUCCUU